CGCCAUCGUGCGGCAAGUAGAGGCAAAACUAGCCACCCUUACGUAAUUCAUCCAUGCUACGUACUUCACGUAAAAUACGGAAGUGGGGAAGUUGCCCACACAUCCAAUCAAUAUGUCUGCUGUUGUCUACCUUCUGUGAACAAAACAAGACUCGUGGAGAAUGGCAGACGGCGGAGUUGACGAGCUAUCGCAGCUUGAAUAUUUGUCUUUGGUGUCCAAGGUCUGCACGGAGCUUGACAACCAUUUGGGAAUAAGUGACAAAGAUUUAGCUGAAUUUGUCAUCGACCUUGCUGAAAAACAGCCGACCUUUGAUGGAUUCAAAGCUCUUUUGCUUCAAAAUGGAGCCGAAUUCACAGAUUCUCUCAUUGGUAAUUUGCUCAGGCUCAUUCAGACUAUGCGACCUCCAUCCAAGUCAUCUACGAGUAAAGUUUCUGAGGCUUUGGUCAAGCCGAAGACAGAAAAGGAAAGGUUGAAGGAGCUGUUUCCUGCACUGUGUAGAGCAAAUGAUCCAGUGCCAAAGAAGCUACUAGAUGAAGAUGAUGUGAAGGUAGCAGCUGAUGCCAUGAAAGAGCUGGAGAUGUUUAUGCCCAGUGUCAGUGGGACAGACUCCAAAAGCAGCAAGAGCAGGUCAGAAAAGAGCAGACGCCACAGCAGAAGUCGAAGCAGAGAAAGAGACAGGCACAGAGAUCGGGACAGAGAUCGGGACAGAGAUCGGGAGAAGGACAGGAAGAGACGGCAUCGCUCAAGGUCCAGGUCUCGCUCCAGAGACCGUGAUCGGCACCGAGAUGGAGACAGAGACAAAGAUCGCGGCAAAAGAAGAGACAAAUCUUCCCGCUGGUCUGAGCGCUCACCUAGCCCCAAAAAAGACCAAGACAAAGACUCUGACCGCUGGAAGGACAAACAUGUGGACCGGCCACCACCAGAGGAACCUUCGGUUGGGGACAUAUACAAUGGCAAAGUCACCAGUAUUAUGCAGUUUGGUUGCUUUGUUCAGCUGGAGGGAUUAAGGAAACGAUGGGAGGGUUUGGUCCACAUUUCCGAGCUGCGUAGAGAGGGCCGUGUGGCCAACGUGGCUGAUGUUGUCAGCAAAGGCCAAAGAGUCAAGAUCAAGGUUCUCUCGUUCACCGGCUCUAAGACCAGCCUCAGUAUGAAGGAUGUGGACCAGGAGACAGGAGAAGACCUGAACCCCAACAGGAGGAGGAACGUAGGCCCAGACGGAGGAGAUGAGAUCUCCAUGAGAAACCCCGACCGGCCGAGCAACCUGAACCUGGGACACCCCCCUGAGCUGGAGCAGGACGACACCUUGGAGCGCAAGAGGCUCACCAAAAUUUCUGACCCAGAGAAGUGGGAGAUCAAACAGAUGAUUGCUGCCAACGUCUUGUCCAAAGAAGAGUUCCCUGAUUUUGAUGACGAGACAGGGAUCCUUCCUAAAGUUGAUGAUGAAGAGGAUGAAGAUUUGGAAAUUGAGCUGGUUGAAGAGGAGCCCCCCUUCUUGAGGGGACACACCAAACAAAGCAUGGACAUGAGCCCUGUCAAGAUUGUUAAGAAUCCAGAUGGUUCUCUGUCUCAAGCGGCCAUGAUGCAGAGCGCUCUGGCUAAGGAGAGACGAGAGUUGAAGCAGGCUGCACGAGAGGCAGAGAUGGACUCCAUCCCCAUGGGGUUGAAUAAACACUGGGUCGACCCGCUGCCAGAUGUUGAUGGUAGGCAGAUUGCAGCUAACAUGAGAGGCAUUGGCAUGAUGCCUAAUGACAUCCCGGAGUGGAAGAAGCAUGCUUUUGGAGGCAACAAGGCCUCUUAUGGAAAGAAGACCCAAAUGUCCAUCCUGGAGCAGAGGGAGAGCCUGCCUAUCUACAAGCUGAAGGAGCAGCUCAUUCAGGCUGUCCAUGACAACCAGAUCCUGAUUGUGAUUGGAGAGACGGGGUCUGGUAAGACCACGCAGAUCACUCAGUACCUGGCGGAGGCAGGCUACACCACCAGGGGAAAGAUUGGCUGUACGCAGCCCCGUCGUGUGGCCGCCAUGUCAGUGGCCAAGAGAGUCUCUGAGGAGUAUGGUUGCUGUCUAGGACAAGAGGUGGGUUACACCAUCCGUUUUGAGGACUGUACUAGCCCCGAGACGGUGAUCAAGUACAUGACGGACGGUAUGCUGUUGAGAGAGUGUCUGAUUGAUUCUGAAUUGGGACAGUACGCCAUUAUCAUGUUGGAUGAAGCUCAUGAGAGGACAAUCCACACUGAUGUUCUCUUUGGUUUGCUCAAGAAGACCGUACAGAAACGCACAGACAUGAAACUGAUUGUAACAUCAGCCACGUUGGACGCUGUGAAGUUCUCUCAGUAUUUCUAUGAAGCGCCCAUCUUCACCAUCCCAGGAAGAACUUACCCAGUAGAGGUUCUCUACACCAAAGAACCUGAGACAGACUACCUGGAUGCCAGUCUCAUCACAGUCAUGCAAAUUCAUCUGACCGAACCUCCAGGUGACGUCCUGGUGUUUCUGACUGGACAGGAAGAGAUCGACACCGCUUGUGAGAUCUUGUACGAGCGAAUGAAGUCACUGGGGCCUGAUGUUCCCGAGCUGAUUAUUCUUCCAGUUUACUCUGCCCUGCCUAGUGAGAUGCAGACAAGAAUCUUUGACCCGGCUCCCCCAGGCAGCAGAAAGGUGGUCAUUGCCACAAACAUUGCAGAAACAUCUCUGACCAUCGAUGGAAUCUAUUAUGUAGUGGACCCUGGUUUUGUCAAGCAAAAAGUGUACAACUCGAAGACUGGCAUUGACCAGCUGGUUGUGACUCCUAUCUCACAGGCCCAGGCCAAGCAGAGGGCUGGUCGAGCCGGCAGAACAGGCCCAGGGAAGUGUUACAGGCUCUACACCGAGAGAGCCUACAGAGACGAGAUGCUGACCACCAACGUGCCUGAGAUCCAGAGAACCAACUUGGCUAGCACUGUGCUGUCUCUGAAGGCAAUGGGCAUCAAUGACCUCCUGUCUUUUGACUUCAUGGACGCUCCACCCAUGGAGACUCUGAUCACAGCCAUGGAGCAGCUCUACACUCUGGGAGCUCUGGAUGAUGAAGGCUUACUCACACGGCUGGGCAGAAGGAUGGCAGAGUUUCCCCUGGAGCCCAUGCUGUGUAAGAUGUUGAUCAUGUCCGUCCAUCUGGGCUGCAGUGAAGAGAUGCUCACCAUCGUGUCAAUGCUGUCUGUGCAGAACGUCUUCUACAGGCCCAAGGACAAGCAGGCCUUGGCCGACCAGAAGAAGGCAAAGUUUCACCAACCUGAGGGGGAUCACUUGACCCUGCUGGCGGUUUACAACUCCUGGAAGAACAACAAGUUCUCCAACCCCUGGUGUUAUGAGAACUUCAUCCAGGCUCGCUCCCUGCGCAGAGCCCAGGACAUCCGCAAACAGAUGCUGGGUAUCAUGGACAGACAUAAACUGGAUGUGGUAUCCUGUGGCAAAGCCACAGUACGGGUCCAGAAAGCCAUCUGCAGCGGCUUCUUCAGGAAUGCAGCUAAAAAGGAUCCUCAAGAAGGCUACCGGACCCUUAUAGACCAGCAAGUUGUAUACAUCCACCCCUCCAGUGCUCUGUUCAACCGCCAGCCUGAGUGGGUUGUGUACCAUGAGUUGGUGCUGACCACCAAGGAGUACAUGCGGGAGGUGACCACCAUCGACCCUCGCUGGCUGGUGGAGUUUUCACCUGCCUUCUUCAAAGUGUCCGACCCUACACGCCUCAGCAAGCAGAAGAAACAACAGCGCCUCGAGCCUCUGUACAACCGUUACGAGGAGCCCAACGCUUGGAGAAUCUCUCGUGCCUUCAGACGCCGUUGAUAUGCGUGACAUCACCAAUACAGAACAUUUUGACAGUCAUGAUGGGAGUUGGCUGCAUCGUCCUGUACCAUCUAGUGGUGAAGUUUUUAGCAUCCCAACUCAACUUCAAGCUGUGUAUUCACUUCUCCUUUUAAAUGUGUACACGUUGUACAUUUCCCCCCAGAAGUUCCUACAAUAUGGUAAUUUUAGUGUCAUUAUUUUAGGAAACCCAGAGCUAUUUGCUUUUCAUAGCACUAAUACAGGAACAAUAAGAUCCAAAUCUGUUCUGUUAUGACAACAGUUUUAUAGAUAAUCUUCUGAGGAGAUUCUGAAAAACAGUGGACUAUUUAUUUUGACUGUAAAUUGUAAUAGCAUAAUGUUAUGCCGAAAUACGACCUGAUGGGAUCAUAAUGGAGUCUUUAUGUUUCACUAGUCAAUACUUGUCAGAGCAUAAGGAUUGAAUGAUUGUUUGAUAGAUUUUGUACUGUAGCAUGGACAGCUUUCACUCACUUGUCUGUGUAUCUGAGACUGUUGCUUUGCUUUACUUGCCAGUGGAACUAUAAAAAUAUGUCCUUGAAUAAAUGCAAAUUUUUCUUAACCCUG